AUGGCUCCACCAGUUUUUGAGCUCAUCAAGUUGGUCUUCAAUCCCGAUGUUUCUAAGAAAUUGAUUUUACAGAUUGCUUAUCAGCAGAUAUCAGCGAUCGGAGUUUGGAAGGUUUUGGCAUUUCUUUUGAGCUCAUCUAUCGUUGGUAUUUCCUCGAUCAUAAAGAUACCGCAAAUAAAACGUAUUGUUAAACAGAACAAUUUGGAAGCCAAGGUCAAGGUUGUCGAAGGAUUGUCCUUAAAAUCAAUUAAUCUUGAACUCUUGACUCAAUUAAUUCAUUGGAGUUAUAAUGCAAGAAACAAAAAUAUGUUUAUCACUUAUGGUGAGAGUAUACUACUUGGAAUACAGAACUUAGUGAUUGAGUUUUUGAUUCAUUAUUACCGCUUAAAGGCAGAGUUAGAGGAGGAAGACUUGUUGUCUGAUAAGCAAAGGCAGAACAAGCUACUUAAAGGAUUAGUCAAACCAUUGCUAAUCAAUCUUGCCACUCUUAUCACAGUAUUGAAACUAUUACCCGAUGACACGCUUUCUGUAUUACAAAUCUUGAAUAUUCCUCUAGGAAUAGUAUCGAAAGUACCUCAAAUACUCAGAAAUCACGAGCUUAGAUCCACUAAACACCUUUCUCCAAUACCAAUAGUUGCUAACACUCUAGGAUCAGCGAUCAGAAUAUUUACAACGAUUCAAAUGAAAGGAGGUACGCUUCUUUUAGUGGGCUAUUCUAGCUCGUUCCUUUUGAAUGCUGUUCUAGCUGGCCAAUGCUACUUCUACAGCAAAGAUGAGCCAAAAGAGGGAGAAAACAACAGCAAAAAGGGCGAGAGGUAUGAAAAGGACGAAAAAGUAUGA